UUUUUUUUUUUCUACUCUUCUUUCUUUUCCUUUUUUUUUUAUAUACCAACGGAAAAAGAAUCAUCAUCUUCUUCUUUUGAUUUUCUCUCUUUUUUUUUAAAAAAAAAUUAAACCAUGGAGAACAAACAAGAAGAGGAUCGAACAAUUGGACAAGUAAUAAGAAGAGCAUCAGUGGCUUCUUGUAGUAAUGACAGGAAUCAUGACAGCCUUGUCAUGGACAUGGAGAAAACAACGGAUCAUCAUUUGAAUGAAAAGUUGACUAUUGUUGAUUCAGACAAGACAGUGGAAGAAGAUCAGAAAAAAGAAAAGCUUUGUCAUGAUAUCGAAGAAUACAAUCCUCAAGAACAAAAUAAUCAAUCUUUUAGUGUGAUUUAUACUCGUCAUCGACGUUGGUUCCAGUAAGGUUUUUUUUUUUUUGUUUGUCAUACAGAAAUGUCAACAUUGCAUUUUUUUUUUUUAUAGUUUGACCAUGUGGUUGAUCUUCACAGGGUUCUUAGCUGCUGCCUAUGCACUUCAAGUACCAAAAGGAUAUAAUCAAGAAAAUUUAAUUCUUGGAUUGAUUUAUGCUUGGUUUACUUUGUAUAUGAUCUUUAAUUAUAUCCCCACUUCCGUGGUCACCAAGCCUUGUGGUAUGAUGAUUCAUAUCGUCUCGUCUCCCUUGAUGCGUCUUUCUUCUUUCGUCCGUUCCCUUCUCUAUGUAGCCUUGGUCACUGUCGUGAUGGUCGUCACUGUCUUUUCUUUACCUGAAAAACCUGAAUCCACUCGUAUACAACGUGUCAUCAGUCUUUUUGGGAUGGGUGUUUUCAUCGGUCUAUUGGUAUUAACUUCAAAGAAUCGUCGUGCUAUUAAUUGGAAUACCAUUUCAGGUGCCAUGUUACUUCAAUUCUUGUUAGCCUUAUUUGUAUUCCGUUCCAGUGCUGGUCAUGAUAUUUUUUCUUGGGCUAGUCAAUUUGCACAAGGUUACCUUAGUAAGGCUCAUUAUGGUACUUCUUUUGUUUUUGGUGAUACUGUGGCCAACGCCAGUGCAUUCGCUGUCUCUGUUUUCCCUGCUCUCAUCUUUUUUGCUGCUACUGUUCAAAUCUUGUAUUACUUUGGUGCUUUACAAUGGCUAUUGAGUAAAUGCUCCUUUUUGUUUACUUCUCUUCUUGGUAUUUCUGGUGCUGAAGCUGUGGUUGCUGUGGCAUCGCCUUUCUUGGGUCAAGGUGAAAACGCUUUACUUAUCAAACCUUACUUACCAGUGUUAACCGAUGCUGAAAUGCAUCAAGUCAUGACAAGUGGAUUUGCUACUAUUAGUGGAUCUGUACUUUAUGGUUAUAUUUCUUUGGGAAUUGCAGGCGAUUCUUUGUUGACGUCUUGUAUCAUGUCCAUUCCUUGUUCCAUUGCUGUGUCUAAACUUCGAUACCCUGAAACAGAAGAACCUGUGACUAUGAACAGUAUCCAAGUCCCUGAAGAAGAAGAAAAGGCCAACAAUAUUCUGGAUGCGGCGGCAAAAGGUGCUGGUAUUGGUGUGACUAUUGUUCUAUCGAUGGCUGCCAAUUUGAUCACUUUACUAGCUUUACUUUACGCUGUCAAUGCAGGUCUUACUUGGAUUGGUAAUUUCUUGACCAUUGAAAAUUUGACCUUACAGCUUAUUACUGGUUAUAUCUUUGUUCCUAUUGCUUGGUUGAUGGGUAUUGAAAAUUCGGAAGUGGUACCUGUGGGUCAGUUACUUGCUUUGAAGAUUUGGGCCAAUGAAUUUGUUGCUUAUCAAGAACUAAUUACUACUUACAAAGAUGUUCUCUCUGAUCGGUCUAAAUUGAUUGUCACUUAUGCUUUAUGUGGUUUUGCCAAUCUUGGUUCUAUUGGUUUACAAGUCAGUGUAUUGGGAGGUCUUGCCAAAUCUCGUACUGGUACGAUUUCAUCCUUGGCCGUGUCUUCUAUGCUUUGUGGUGCAAUGUCUACUUGGAUUUCUGCUUGCUUGGCUGGUAUGCUUUUGUAAAUAGUAUGUAAUUUAUCCCUCUUCCUUUCACCUUAUUCUAUCAGUUUCUCCUUUCACUUCAUUAUAUUUAGAUUUAGUUUUUUCCUUUUUUUUUUGAUAUUUAUAAACAAAAAAGUCAUUACUCUUUAUUCUGUAUUACUAGAAAAUCUU